UUCCUACCACAUCCAAAAUGUCUCUCUUCCGAACCAUCCCUACCGCCAGCGACUUCGGUCCUCUCUUCCGCCUCUUGGACGACUAUGACGUCCACCGCUCCUCUCGUGGCCAAACCUCCGUGCGCUCCUUCGCGCCUCGCUUCGACGUCCGCGAAUCCUCCGAUGCCUACCACCUUGACGGCGAACUGCCCGGCAUCGCCCAGAAGGACGUCGACAUUGAAUUCUCCGACCCCCAGACCCUCGUGAUCAAGGGCCGCUCCGAGCGCGAAUACCACACCCCCGAAGCCGGCGAGGGCGACAACGAGCCCGCCCAGGGCGAAAGCACCGAGGUCGCACAGACUGGCCAGAAGCAGGUCUCUAAGUCCGAGAACAAGCCACGCUUCUGGGUCAGCGAGCGCUCUGUCGGCGAAUUCCACCGCACGUUCUCCUUCCCCAGUCACGUUGACCAGGAGAGGGUCAAGGCCAGCCUGAAGAACGGCAUCUUGUCUGUGAUCGUUCCCAAGGCUGCGGCCCCGUCUUCGAAGAAGAUCACCGUCGAGUAAAUGACUUGACCACUUGACCGUCGGUUGACGAUUACGAGAAUGAGAAUACGAUCCUUUGCUGUUUUCCUUGAGCUGUUUUGAUUGUUGAGUUGACUGAGCUGGCUGAGUUGCACUUCAAAUUGAGCUUACAUUCCUUUGUACAAUAAUCUAAUUAAUCAAUCAACUGCUACUUU